UUUUCGAGGCUCCCCAUUUUUCUUGUUUUCCUAACUAGGGGUUCUCAAACGCGUUCAGCUCAAUUCAAAAUGUCUGCCAAUCGCGAAAUCUUCAAUGAACCGUGUCUAACCAUAUCUAACCAGCUGAGUGAUUUUAUCACCCGCCGCCAUGAUAAGGCGCUGAGACCUCUUCACUUUGCCGAUAUGUCCCUUUUGCAAUUCUCGGCCGAGCUAGAAUGUUACCUUUCAGUAUUGGAUAGCGGUGGUAGCAUUGCUCUCUGCCGCGGAGAAAAGCUGGCAAGCAUUCAUCUGAGCCAAAGAUUGGAGACCAUCUUCAAAACCCCAUUGCCCCGGAUGCUGGACGGACCACAAUUGACGUGGACCACAAUCAUCCUCGUUGUUGGCCCUCGUUUCGAUGGCUCCUCAACGCUUCGCAUCGGAGAGUCCUUGGUUGAGCUUGCAGAAGACGACCAAGAACUGCUCAGGUCGGGGGCGCCAUGGCGCUUUCUGAACCCCUGGCCAGAUAGAGGUGAUUGCACAAAGGAGCUUCGAUCUAGCGAGAUGACGCUACAGGAGAUCAAGGAAACUCGGCAGGUACUGCAUCAAGUCUUGAAUAAUAUGUCGGUAAUUGAAGAAGCCCUUACAAAUCAUCGCGAUGUCGUUGCUCAAUUGUAUCAAGACCAACACCCUGCUACCACUCAAGCAGAAAUUCCGGAACCAGUCGUUGCACGGAACAGUCCACUCGACGGACACACCGACGGCGCCAGUGCUUCAAAAGAAGAGGCGACGAGUCAAAAAGAUCGACCUUCCCCACGUACAGACAUUCGUGAUCUAAGCAAUGAUCAAAUAGUGCAAUCAAACACCAAUGAACAACGCCCAAGUGGAAUGACAGUUGGUUCCACUGUGGAAAUAAACAGACAGCAUGCGAGCCCACAGGCCAAGGACUCUGCCAGUCAGGGGAUUAGGCUACACAAAUCAGAUUUUAUCCAAGGCUUGAGCGAUAUCCUUGAUGAUCCAGAUAAUGCGGCAGCGAUGCGUUGGUCAGAUGAUGGGCGAUCUAUUUCUCUUAGUCUAUGGAACGAGUUCCCGAUGCCUUUGCUUGAAAAGCUUUCCACCAAGAGCUAUGAUUCACUCAUUCGACGGCUAUAUUACUAUGGAUUCCACAAGACCGGGGGUGCCUAUCACCACGAUGAUUUCAUUCGCGGUCAGCGCAGCUCAAUAGUACCGAUUCGACAAAUAACCCCAAGUCCAUCACAUCGUCCCAUGCGUCAUGGCUCCCGAUCGGGGCCACGGAUUAAGGUCAUACCAAAAAAGCGAACGAGGGAAAACGUUUAAUUGCUGAUUGGGAAGUGACGUACCCAUUUCUUGUCCGUGUGACAAAUUCAAACGGUGCAGUUCGAAGUCUCUUGGUGUGGGCUGGGCUCAGCUUGACCCCCGCACUUUGUCUGUGAAAUUUUGCGGCUGCCCGUGUCUUUGAUUGAAGAGCUCAAAUGAAGAGAGCCGACUCUCCGAAUUUCACAGUUUCACGUGUGAAAUAAUACAUGGUAGGAUAGCUAGUGGAAAAUCAUGAAAUAUCAAUCCUGGGAGGACUUAAGUGGCUCAAUGUCAUUCGAUUCCGUACAAAAAUUGAUGGUCAAGGUACCCUUCGGUAUGACCUGUGCGCGCUUUUUAAUACGGUGCCGGGGUCGGUGGUGGGACAGAUCGGUUUCCAAGGCCC